AUGCGGGAGCCUUCCUCUGAGCUGUGCCCUGAAGCCUGCCCCGGCGACAAGGAGUCCCAAGAGACCGACUCCACAGCGACCCAGGAGCAGGAGCAGGAGCAGCCAAGCCGCCGCGGGGACAGCUUCGCCACCUACUUCCCCAGGGUCCUGAGGCAGGUCCACGUGGGGCUCAGCCUGUCCCAGGAGGCCGUGAGCGUGAUGGAUUCGUUCGUUCACGACAUCCUGGAGCGCAUUGCCGAGGAGGCCGGCCGGCUGGCACGCUACUCCCAGUGCCCGACCAUCACCUCCAGAGAGAUCCAGACGGCCGUGCGCCUGUUGCUGCCCGGGGAAAUCAGCAAGCACGCCGUGUCCGAGGGCACCAUGGCCCUCCUUAGGUACACCACCCGCAGAUGA